CACAGUUUGCCGCUACCGGCUUAAAGGAGGAAACCCCCGAGAGCGAGAGCACGGAGGAAAUCUGGCCUCCGACGCGGCGCGCGCUCCCGUGAAAGAAAAGCACAAGAAAUAAGGAAACUUUUACUGUCAUUGCUGAUUUGUCUAUUACACCGAUCCCCCGAGUUCUUCCCCCACAAAACAAAGCUGCCGAAACUUAGAAGCUGAUUCUGUCACAGUGUAAGAUGCCUUUGGAAAAUUCUGCAUUCCUCUUAGAUGAAUCUUUAGAAGUUGGUGUGUUUCACUAGAUAUCUUCAGUCUUCAUUUUGAGCUCAGAGAAUUUUGAGACUGAUGAUCAGCCAUAUAGAAGAAUACAUUGAACCUAUAGUUUUCUGAAGAAUCAAUUCCACAGAUCCAAAAAAUAUAAAAGGAGAAGUACAAAUGUCUACCACAAGACGAAAACGUAAUAUGUUAUGUUGUUUACCGUAAGCUGUGGUAAAAUGAGCUCAAUUGUUGACAGAGAUGAUGGUAGUAUUUUUGAUGGGUUGGUGGAAGAAGAUGACAAGGACAAAGCAAAAAGAGUAUCUAGAAACAAGUCUGAAAAGAAACGUAGAGAUCAAUUUAAUGUUCUCAUUAAAGAAUUGGGAUCCAUGCUUCCUGGUAAUGCUAGAAAGAUGGACAAGUCUACCGUUCUACAGAAGAGCAUUGAUUUUUUACGAAAACAUAAAGAAAUCACUGCACAGUCAGAUGCUAGUGAAAUUCGACAGGACUGGAAACCUACAUUCCUUAGUAAUGAAGAGUUUACACAAUUAAUGUUAGAGGCUCUUGAUGGUUUUUUUUUAGCAAUCAUGAGAGAUGGAAGCAUAAUAUAUGUGUCUGAGAGUGUAACUUCAUUACUUGAACAUUUACCAUCUGAUCUUGUGGAUCAAAGUAUAUUUAAUUUUAUCCCAGAGGGGGAACAUUCAGAGGUUUAUAAAAUACUCUCUACUCAUCUGCUGGAAAGUGACUCAUUAACCCCUGAAUAUUUAAAAUCCAAAAACCAGUUAGAAUUCUGUUGUCAUAUGCUUCGAGGAACAAUAGACCCAAAGGAGCCAUCUACUUAUGAAUAUGUGAAAUUUAUAGGAAAUUUCAAAUCUUUAAACAGUGUAUCCACUUCAGCACACAAUGGUUUUGAAGGAACUAUACAACGCACACACAGACCUUCUUAUGAAGAUCGAGUUUGUUUUGUAGCUACUGUCAGAUUAGCUACUCCUCAGUUCAUCAAGGAAAUGUGCACUGUUGAAGAACCCAAUGAAGAGUUUACAUCUCGACAUAGUUUAGAAUGGAAAUUUCUGUUUCUAGAUCACAGGGCGCCACCCAUAAUAGGAUAUUUGCCAUUUGAAGUUCUGGGAACAUCAGGCUAUGAUUACUAUCAUGUGGAUGACCUAGAAAAUUUGGCAAAAUGUCAUGAACACUUGAUGCAAUAUGGGAAAGGCAAGUCAUGUUAUUACAGGUUCCUGACCAAAGGACAGCAGUGGAUUUGGCUUCAAACUCAUUACUAUAUCACUUAUCACCAGUGGAAUUCAAGGCCAGAGUUUAUUGUUUGUACUCACACUGUAGUAAGUUAUGCAGAAGUUAGGGCUGAAAGACGACGAGAACUUGGCAUUGAAGAGUCUCUUCCUGAGACAGCUGCUGACAAAAGCCAAGAUUCUGGGUCUGAUAACCGUAUAAACACAGUCAGUCUCAAGGAAGCGUUGGAAAGGUUUGAUCAUAGCCCAACCCCUUCUGCUUCCUCCCGGAGUUCAAGAAAAUCAUCUCACACAGCAGUCUCAGACCCAUCCUCAACACCAACAAAGAUCCCAACGGAUACUAGCACUCCUCCCAGACAGCAUUUACCAGUUCAUGAAAAGAUGGCACAAAGGAGGUCAUCAUUUAGUAGUCAGUCAAUAAAUUCCCAGUCUAUUGGUCAAUCAUUAACACAGCCAGUGAUGUCGCAAGCCACAAAUUUACCAGUUCCACAAGGCAUGUCCCAGUUUCAGUUUUCAGCACAAUUAGGAGCCAUGCAGCAUCUGAAAGACCAAUUGGAGCAACGGACACGAAUGAUAGAGGCAAAUAUUCAUCGGCAACAGGAAGAACUAAGAAAAAUUCAAGAACAACUUCAAAUGGUCCAUGGUCAAGGGCUGCAGAUGUUUUUACAGCAAUCAACCCCUGGGUUGAAUUUUGGUUCUGUUCAACUUUCUUCUGGAAAUUCAUCUAACAUCCAGCAACUCACACCUAUAAAUAUGCAAGGCCAGGUUGUUCAGACUAACCAACUUCAAAGUGGAAUGAAUACUGGACACAUUGGCACAACUCAGCACAUGAUACAACAGCAAACUUCGCAAAGUACAUCAAGUCAGAGUCAACAAAAUGUACUGAGUGGGCACAGUCAGCAAACGUCUCUUCCUAGUCAGACGCAGAGCACUCUCCCAGCCCCACUGUAUAACACUAUGGUGAUCUCGCAGCCGGCGGCCGGGAGCAUGGUCCAGAUCCCGUCUAGUAUGCCACAGAACAGUACGCAGAGUGCCGCAGUCACCACCUUCACUCAGGACAGACAGAUAAGAUUUUCUCAAGGUCAGCAACUUGUGACCAAAUUAGUAACUGCUCCUGUAGCUUGUGGGGCGGUCAUGGUACCUAGCACUAUGCUUAUGGGUCAGGUGGUGACUGCCUACCCUACUUUUGCUCCACAACAGCAGCAGUCACAGACAUUGUCAGUCACACAGCAGCAGCAGCAGCAGCAGCAGAGUUCCCAGGAGCAGCAGCUUACAUCAGUUCAGCAACCGUCUCAGGCUCAGCUGACCCAACCACCGCAGCAAUUUUUACAGACUUCUAGGUUGCUCCAUGGGAACCCUUCAACUCAGCUUAUCCUCUCUGCUGCAUUUCCACUACAACAGAGCACUUUCCCUCAAUCACAUCACCAGCAACACCAGUCUCAGCAGCAACAGCAACUGAGUCGGCACAGGACUGACACUUUGACGGAUCCUUCCAAGGUUCAACCGCAGUAGCACACAUGUCUCCUCUCUAACCUCAAGGGAGGAAGGGGUCGGCCCAUAAAGAGUUGCUCAGAUGAUCUGAGGAUCCGGAGGAAAAGUUCUAGCAGUUUCAUAAGAUGCAGUAUUGAGUAUUCUAAUUCCUUGAAUUAGUUAGCAGGGAAAAUGCUGCCUAGUGCUACAGAUGUACAUUAAAUACCAGCCAGCAGGAAAUGAUCACAGGGCCAUAGCCAGUUCUGACAGUGUUUUAAUUGCCCAGAUAUUUUUUGAUGGAAAAAGAGUAUAUUGCCAAAUGUUAAGAAGCUCAGCUAUUAAAUAUGACCUCCAGUGAAUCAAAAAGGCACUAACAAUGUUAGUAACUUUUAGUGGUUCUGUGCCUGUUUUCAAGUGUUACAGAGGACACACCACUGCCAUGAUGCCAUGAAGACAGUCCAGUAGACCCAGUAGGCCCUCUUCCCCCACCCCUCUCCCUUUUCAGAUGAUGGAAUUGCAAUUUCAGAAUGUUGUGUGGAUUCAAAUUUUCUAUGUACAGAUGCUGUAAAAAAUACUAUGUAUAUGUCUGGAUAAAAGGAAAGAAAGCAAAACAUUUUGUAUGCUGCAUGAAAGCAUUAUGUCCUCCUUACAGGUAUGAAUACAUUUCCUUAGAUUCUGAUGCCAUGUGCAAACUAAUACAUCCUUUGUUUCCCCUUUUGUUUACAACACAAUAGUGUUCUAGUCACUUUUCCGGGGCACAAGUCUUUGUUCAUACUUGGCUGUGAUGUCACAGUUUGUUCAAUGAGGUAUGAUGUGCUGCUGGGAAUGGAU